AGGAAGCGUGUCCCUAUGUUUGGGGAAAUACCGUAAACAAACUGUUUUUCCUUUCAACUUGAACGAACGUUUCCUCUUUCGUGUCAGUCUUUUGCUUUUGUGAAAGACACAUUUAUCUUCUUGUUUCGAAAGCUAGGGUUUCCUACUCUUGUUUGAAUCUGCUAAACCGUCGUCUCGGUCUAUGUGACCCGGAGGAGGACGUUUGGGCUCCACAGAUUUUUUUUUUGUUGCAAACUGCACUGCCUGCAGCUGUAACGUUACCGCUCUUACAAACCAUGUCUGACUUAAUCCUGGUCCUCCUGAUAGUCGUGCUGCUGGUGUGUUUGCUUGUGACAGUUGGGGGUUUCCUGGUGUUCUCCGGGCUGCUGUCCGACGUGGAUAUAAAGACUGGGCCACCUCCUAUCAAAAAUGUUACCAUUGCCUACAAAUUCAGAGAGGGAUCAUACAAGGACUGCGGUGCAGCCUACACCGAGACUUGCAGCAUUGGGCCAAAGCUGAGCACCAUCAGUGUCUUCUACGAUGACCCCAAGCAGAGGCCAGCAGAGAAAUGUCGCUACGUGGUGGGCAGCGUCCUGAGCGAGGGGGAGGAGAAGCCAGAUGAAGAACUGCAGGAAGAGUAUCAGAAGUUUGGCUUCAAAUUGUUUUCUUUGCCUGAAGUGAGCCACGCUGUGACCACCAGCUUCCCCUGCAACACUACUCUGUCCCAUGUGCUGGGACCUUACAGAGUCUACCCCAGACUGUCUUCGUACAUCGAGGAGAGGAAACUGUGUGCGUUCCCCACCAUAGAGAUCUGUGGCUCAGAUGUCAUCAACUACAUGGUUCCUCUGUCUCGCCAGACAGACUUCUUUGUUCCAGAGAUGAAGGAGGAGGUUAAAACAGACGUUAAAGAAGAAGACUCUGAUGAGGACAGGGGAACUGACAUUACAGGUGCAGACUCCCACAGUGAUGUGAGCUCAGUGAGCGGCGGAGUUCCCUGGGACAGCAGAGAGACAUCCCUGGCCGCCUCCACGGCUGCCUCCUUGGCCUCGUCCCUGCCUUUGAGGGACGUAAUGGACAUCAAUGAAGACAUUAAGCACAGAGACCAGAGCGACAGAGGCUCAAACGAGUCUAUGGGCAGCGGCUCGUCUUUUGAAGAGCUUGACAUGGAUCAGGAGGAGCAGGAGGAGGUUGCAGUGAAGGAAGAGAAGGAACAUGGAGAGGAGAAAGAGGAGGAAGUGGAGGAAGAAAAGGAGAAGGUCCCUGAGGGUGAGGACGGAGCUAGAGAAGAAGUUGAACUGGUGGCCAAGGAGAAGGAGCCCUUGGGAGAUUGAGAGGAGUAGGGGAUGCUGAAGAGAUAAGGGAUGAGGCCAUUUGACACUGGCAUGCUAGAGUACUUCUCAGUUGUUGGUUAUCUGUCGUGUAAUCUGGUUGGUGGAGCUAAUUCUGUUAAUUCCAUGACCAACAUGCCAUAUUUUUGCGCCUUGUUAUUCCUCUUUUUGAAGCCUGUACUUUUUAUUGUACUGUAGUAUCCUUUUUAUAAAAUAUUUCCUGAUCCUGUAUCGAAGCUGUCAGGAUAGAACAACAGUAUCUUCCUUUGAACUGUAAUUUUACACAAAUCCCAACCAUAUCUGUUCAGAUUAGAAGUGACACCAGCGCCAGCUAACCAGGAUUAUCACACAGCAUGUUUUUGUCCCUGUUUCACCCUGAGGUCAUGUAUCAAGAAAGCUUAUGCCACGUGUUUGUGUGAACUAUGUAGUUGAUAUACAGUAUUGAUGGAAUGAAAUUGUGCAGGACCUAAUCCCGUAUAAACUUUGGUGGACCUAUUUCAUUGUGUUAUUAGUUGUUUUUCUACCAAGAGUAUCCACCAUACAAGGAACAUUUUGAAGCCUUAGAAAUGGAAAAUCUAAUACUGAGGUCUUUCAGUGGAUAAUUUACCAGAUUACACAAGUGACCAAGAUUUAAAAAAAUACAGUUUAAAUGUGUAAACUCUUUCCCUCGGAUACUGUACAGAACCUUUAAUUAUCACUCUGUGCUUAAUCAAUUGCUUCACAUUUUAACGUAAUGCUCCCUCCUGUAACUUUCUGUUAAUCCACUCUGCAGCUCUGUUUGUUGCCAAAACUCACUCACUUCCAGGGACUAGCUCAGAUCUGUCUGUUGGUGGAAGGCUUUGGUGAAACGAUGUACAGCAUAUUGCCAUGGUUGUGUCUUUAUGUCUGUAAUAAAAUGUUGAAAUGAAAA